AUGGCCAGGCCUUACUACACGGACGAGUUUGUCUACGGAUGGCCGCAAAAGAUUUGUGGUUGUUCACAGAUCAUUGAGUCGUGCUCCUACUGCUGCGGCAGCUUCACUGCCUGCUCCUCCUGCACAUACUGCUAUGGUCGGGCCUACAUCGAAGUCCCUUGUCCUCACAGCCGCGCACCACGCCGUGAAGCCACAACGGAGUCGGCAUCGUCGUCCUCGCCACCCACAUCAUCGCCGUCGUCGCCACGGGCGUCGGUCAUGACUCGCUACCAGCACAACCAGGACUUGGCUCAGCUGUCGGUUCGCGGUGUGUCGUUUGAUGCGAGCUUUGUGGAUAGGGUGGCAAUCCGGCACGGAGACAAUGGCAGCCACAGCGGUGGAAGCAGCGGCAGCCAUGGAGGCAGAAACCCUAGCCGCCGUGACCCAGACCACGGAUUGCCACCUUCGCCGUCAUCUUCCACUGCUUCUUCUGCCUCUUCGUCGUCGUCGUCGUCACCGUCGUCGCCAUCAUCACCGAAAAGAAGACCUCGCUUUGGCUGGAACAAGAAGGGGUCGAGUGAAGAAGAUCGAGACAGUGGUUCAAAGAGCAGUCGUUGA